UGCCUGGCCGCGCCCCGCCCCCGCCGCGGUGGGGGUCUGGCGCGCUCCCUGCCCGCGGCGCGAGGCCGGGCCCGGGCGGUGGCAGCGCCGGGGGGUGGAGGGGGUGCGGCGCGAGAGCACGCAGGGUGGGCCUGUGGCGGAGAGGGGCGUAGUAGGAGGAUCGGACGAACGGUACGGGGUGAGAGGAUGUGAAGAUGGCGGAGCUGCAGAUGCUGCUGGAGGAGGAGAUCCCGGGCGGGCGCCGGGCCCUGUUCGACAGCUACACGAACCUGGAGCGGGUGGCCGAGUACUGCGAGACCAACUACAUCCAGUCAACAGAUAAGCAGCGAGCUCUGGAAGAAACCAAAGCCUACACAACCCAGUCGUUAGCAAGCGUAGCCUAUCUGAUCAACACUUUGGCCAACAAUGUUCUCCAAAUGCUGGAUAUCCAGGCAUCCCAGCUUCGGCGCAUGGAAUCUUCAAUCAACCAUAUUUCACAAACGGUGGACAUUCACAAAGAGAAAGUUGCUAGAAGAGAAAUUGGUAUCUUGACUACAAACAAAAACACCUCAAGAACUCACAAAAUCAUUGCACCAGCUAACUUGGAGCGACCAGUUCGCUACAUCAGGAAACCUAUUGAUUAUACAAUUCUAGAUGAUAUUGGACAUGGAGUGAAGUGGUUGCUUAGAUUUAAGGUCAGCACACAGAAUAUGAAGAUGGGUGGACUGCCUCGUACAACACCACCCACACAGAAGCCACCAAGUCCACCGAUGUCAGGAAAGGGAACUAUUGGACGUCACUCUCCCUAUCGUACGCUAGAGCCAGUACGUCCCCCAGUGGUACCAAAUGACUACGUGCCUAGCCCAACACGCAAUAUGGCUCCCUCACAACAGAGCCCUGUUAGAACAGCUUCUGUGAAUCAGAGGAAUCGCACAUACAGCAGCAGUGGGAGUAGUGGAGGAAGCCACCCAAGUAGUCGGAGCAGCAGUCGAGAGAACAGUGGAAGUGGAAGUGUGGGUGUUCCUAUUGCAGUUCCCACGCCGUCUCCUCCCAGUGUCUAUCCAGCCCCUGCUGGCUCUGCUGGCACUUCUCCCCUUCCUGCUACCUCUGCUCCUGCCCCUACUCCUCCUGCUCCUGCCCCUCCCUCUGCUGCCCCAGAUGCUGCUGCUGCUGCUGCAGGAGCUCAGCCCCUUGCUGAUGGCUUCACCUCUCCAACUCCCCCUGCUGUUUCUUCCACACCCUCUACAGGUCACCCAGUUCAGUUCUACAGCAUGAACAGGCCUGCCUCUCGACACACCCCCCCAACAAUAGGGGGAUCUUUGCCAUAUCGGCGUCCUCCUUCUAUCACAUCACAGACAAGCCUUCAGAACCAGAUGAAUGGAGGACCAUUUUAUAACCAGAACCCAGCAUCCCUUGCUCCUCCUCCCCCCUCCAUUCUACAGGUAACUCCACAGUUACCACUAAUGGGAUUUGUGGCCAGAGUUCAAGAAAACAUUUCAGAUACUCCUCCCCCACCACCACCUGUGGAUGAGCCAGUGUUUGACGAAUCUCCACCUCCACCCCCACCUCCAGAAGAUUAUGAGGAAGAGGAAGCAGCUGUGGUGGAGUACAGUGAUCCAUAUGCUGAGGAGGACCCUCCUUGGGCCCCAAGGACCUACUUAGAAAAGGUGGUGGCGAUUUAUGACUACACAAAGGAUAAAGAAGAUGAGCUCUCAUUUCAGGAAGGUGCCAUCAUUUAUGUCAUCAAGAAAAAUGACGAUGGCUGGUAUGAGGGAGUCAUGAAUGGAGUGACAGGGCUCUUCCCAGGGAACUAUGUGGAGUCGAUCAUGCAUUACUCGGAGUGAAGAACAGAGAACAGAACACUGCAUCUGCUGCUGCAGGAGCUGUCAGAGCUUCCCAGAUCUUCACCAGCCUCUGGGGCCUCAUCCAGUAUAACUGAAUGAAGGAUAAUUCUAACAACCACUCUUUUGUUGUGGGUUGUUUGUUGUUUUUUGUUUCCCCCCCCCUUCUUUUUCUUUUCAGUUUUGUUGUUUGUUUGGGGUUCUCCCCCCAUUAUAAAACAAUAGUGAUUUGAAUUGUUUGAACAAAUGGCUUUUCCAGCUGCCAUCUGAUGUUGAAUUGAGAUGGCCCAUUCAGUUGUUACAAACUCCUUGAGUAGCUGAUACUUCACUCGAAUUCUGAGGACUGCUGACAGGCUUUGGGAUCUGUCUCAGGAAUCCUGUGUGCACUUGUGGUACUACCCUUGGCAGCAGUGACUGCCCUUAGGAUGUCCUGGAUGCUUGUGGUGAAGGGUUACUGGCCAGUGGACACCCUUCCUGUUUCUACACUACUCUCCUGUGCAGCUGGAAGAACAGUUGUGUGCUAGCAAACACUGGGAUUUCUGCACAGAACCAUUCCUGUAACUGACUUCCAGAUAGCUGGAUACAUCUUUAGCAUAAACACUUCUGCAGCUGCUCUGCACAUGUAGGCUGACACAGGGGCACACAGAGCUGGCCUUUCAUUCACUCACCUUUCAGUUUAGACAAUUAAGAUGGCUGCAGCCCAGAGAACCCUCACCCCAUUUCCUCAUCUUUGAAUGCCACAGAUUUGUUUUGUGUUCUGCACUGAUGUAAAUGCCCUCCUCUCCACAGCAAGCUACUCACCAUGGGUGCUGAUGCUUUAAAUAGAAUUCACAGAUACUGUUGACGGUGAAAGCAAAACACAGUUUACAGGUCCUUCUGGGGUCUGAGGAUAAACUCUAGAGGCUGUGAUUUAAGGUUCAAAUCUAUUCAUGCCUGCUUGCACUAGAGAAACUUAACCCCAGCUUUAGUCUUAUGCACAAUAUAAUCUUAAAAAUCCAAUCAGGUAUUGUAAAUUGGCUAUUUUGUACUUGAUGGCUAGGUUUGCAUAUGUACUGUGAGAGCCCUGUGCAGAGGCAGGACAAACGGCAAUUGUCGUCUUCAUGUCUGUUGCCAAAAUCUCUUCGGUGGAAGUAAAAAGGGCUGUUGUGUGUACUGGUUUCCCAUGGAAAUCCAAGCAGUAACUAGUAGUAGUCUUAGCUCUUCCCCCAGCCCUCUCCAUUGUUUAUUAUAGAGAAAUAGGUAUUUUGAGCUGUACUGGUGGAUCUGGGGUGGAGUAGUAAUACGAAGUGAAGGCUCUGUAGCCCCUUGUCUUGAUAGUUUUAUUUUAAUCUAGUCUCAGUUAAAAAUGCUGCUCAGUGAUUCUGCCUAGCAGAUCAGAGUAAAGUGAUGGCUGUACUAGCCUGCCCUUCGGAAGGACUACAUGUUAUCACUGAGUAAAUAUCAUGCAUUAACAGAGUGAACUGAUUAAACCUCCUGUUGCAGAUCUGUUAGCCUGCAAAUUCAGCUGACCCUGUAUCAUGAGAGUCUUCUGGGCCAGGGCAUCUUUCUGGGCAACUUUUGACUAUCACCUGGCUGAGUUCCAGCUGCCACCAACAGUGGCUUGUCUAAGGUGAGACAGUGCUGCGGCUGUCUUCUGAGGCCUGUGUGGAAACCGGAGCACUACUGGAGCUGGGUUUGUGGCAGUACUGGCAAUGAUACAGGUAACUGAUGUAGUCCCUUUGCUUGGCAAUCACUGCAAUAUUGAGAUGGAAGGUACAGGCUUGGUGCAGACCUGGGCAGGGAGGUACCAUAGCUGCUCAUGGGGGAAGAAAGAGGAAACAAAACAGAUGAGGUGUGUUUGUGAGAUAUGGAUGAAUGUGAUCAUCUGCUGCAAGCUUGUGGAAGAGUGCACUAACUCUUGUGACAGUGUGUAAGGAACUAGUUUGGUUGAAGCCUACAGGAGGUACAGCUUUGAAGAAACUGGUGCAAAGAUGAAAUUGCUUUCUCCCCUGCUCAAUCCACAGCCAUGUAGCAAAAGCACUGUUGUCUUCUUUCCGGAAGCUGACAGUAUUAUUGUUCGGGAUGAGAGCCAGAACAGAUACCUUUCUACCUUUCUCUAUGAAAACUUGUGGCAAGAAUAACAGAAGCAGCCAUGUUCAGUUCCCUCAGCUCAUCAUUCCUCUGGGAGCAAGCCUAGAAACACUGUGCAGUCAUAGAAAUGAGCAUUUCUGGUAUCAUAAGGUAGGUCUUAAUGCUUUUUGCACAGGAAGAUGGUGCUUGCAGCCCAGAUAGCAGUCCAGGCAAUUGAACAGUAGCAAUGCACAAGCCUUCGGUGCUCACAGGGUGGCUGUUUUCCAGGAGUUUCUCUUCCCCUUGGUGUUUGUGGUAAAGCCUGAGCAUAGUGCUCACAUGCUUUGCUAGGACAGCUUAGUGAGUCACUAAGUGAGCUGAACCCCUCUCCCUGUGCACCCGUGCUCUAGCUGGCAGGUCACGUGUUAGUGAAAUAUGUAAGAGCAUGCGCUUGAAUACUUGUGACGGGUGGGUGGGGAUAGUGUGUGCUUCCACUGUGUGUGAUACACACCUGUGUCCUUAAUUUUCCUUCAGCUGCUUGGUCAUCUUGCAAGUCAUCUGUGUUGCAAGAGCAGAGUAGUGUGAGCUCUGGGAAGUGCUGAAUUCUUGCCAAAGCUUAGCACAGAAACAUGAGGCUGCAAAACCUCAGAAGUGAAAUGUGUGAAGUUCCUUAACUGACUUUGGCCUGAUGAACCAGGGCUUAGUUUGUUCCCCGCUGCUAGUAUGUGGAAUUGUCCAAGAGCUGCUGUGGAUGGAAUUUUUGGGUCACCUCCUGCUGGUUUUAUGCUUUAUUAUGCAGUACUAAUGUAAAGAGUUUUAGGCAUAUUUUUUAUUUUGUACAUAUUUUAAUUCUGUGGCUUGUUUGGGGAUGAUGUGAUGUAAUGGUCAUAGACCAGGCCAAGGUAAACAGGCUUUAUAUAUUAAUGUUACAUAGAUUGCAUGCUAGUGAAGUCCGUGGGGGUUGUGUUUCCAGUUUUGUCCCUUGUAUUUCUCCUUAUUCAAAACCUUUUCCCCUGCAGGCUCCUCUUUUAAUUUACAUGUUUACUUUGAAAGGGGGUGGAGAAUGGAGGGGAGGAAACAGCUCGGUAUUUGAUGUAAGUGCGUAUCACUUCACUGAGUUCUGCCACAGCUGAAGGUGUUCAGUAUCACAGACUGUUGAAGCAGCAGUGUGUAUGCAUGAGGGAGAGGUGGGGGAAAGAGACACUCCAGAAUAGCCCAGGGAGUGCUGUAUGACCAAAAUUAAUGUUUCUGCCUUUCUGAGAGCUGCCUUAGCCCAGACAACAGGUUUCAUUAUACACAGAAAUCAGUUAGCAUCUCCAGCACUGUAUUUUGCCUUGGUUUGUUGUAUUGGAGAUAUCUUGCUUGUUCUUGGCCCCAGCAACAAGCUAUUAACAGCUGCCUCUCUGCUAUAUGCCUGCUUGAGAGGCCAGCUGCCCGAGUCUGUCCCCACCUAGUGCUGAAGCAGGCUCUUUGGGUGGGUGCCUUCUUUUCAGCUGAGGU